AUGAAGGAGAGAAUCACGUUUUUCCUCGCCCAAGGGGCCGACGUUGACCCAGACAUCCUUACAAUCAGCGCCGACCAGUUUCACGGCCCAUCGGUGAAGGCGGCCCGAGAAAAUAGGCUAACAGUCGAGGCCGCUGAGCUACCGCCCGAGCUCGCCCGCCUCCUCCACAGUCACCGAGAUGUCAGCAUUCGGUGGGCCAGCGAGCUGGCCCAUGAUGCGAUAGAACCGUUUGUGUCACGGCUGUCGCCAGGUCUUCAUGUAUUUUCUACACCUGCUACCGAUAAUGCUGGGCAUGACCUGUGA